UUGCCCUCGACUGAGCAGGAACUAUUUUGAAACUCGUGCUUUUUCUGAACUUCUUGCACACAUAUUUGGACUACGUUUCUAAUUGCUUUAUACAUUUUAUUAAUACAUUAGAUCAAAUKAUUUAAACUGAUCAAAUAACAGAAACUUUGAAAGAAGAAAAGGAAAGGAUACUCUGAGAAGAAAGAAUGGAGCCGUGGACAACCACCGAGAGCCCUGACUACUAUGACUAUGACUAUGACGAGCAGGAAAACAGCACCAUGUGUGACUACUCUGAGUGGGAGCCAUCCUACUCGGUCAUCCCAGUCCUCUACAUGCUCAUCUUCAUCCUGGGUCUCUCUGGCAACGGCGUGGUCAUCUUCACUGUGUGGAGGUCUCAGGCCAAGCGCCGGACAGCAGACAUCUACAUAGGCAACCUGGCCAUGGCUGACCUGACCUUCGUGCUGACUCUGCCACUGUGGGCAGUGUACACUGCGCUAGGCUACCACUGGCCCUUCGGUGUGGCCCUCUGCAAGAUCAGCAGUUACGUGGUGCUGCUCAACAUGUACGCCAGCGUCUUCUGCCUCACCGCCAUGAGCUUUGACCGCUACCUAGCCAUCGUGCACUCUCUGUCCAGCACCCAGCUGUGUACCCGUGUCCACUUGCAGUCCUCCCUGACGGCCAUCUGGCUCCUCUCCGGCCUGCUGGCCGCCCCCACCCUCAUCUUCCGAACCACCAAGUACGACGAGAACAGCGACCGCAUCUCCUGUGGCAUGGACUUCAGCCUGGUGUUGGGUGGGGACAAUCAAACAAUCAAUCAAUCAAAUGUAUUGAAGCAGCAGGAGUUCAUGUGGAUCGCAGGGCUCAGCAUCUCCUCCUCUGCCCUGGGCUUCCUCCUGCCAUUCCUGGCCAUGAUGGUGUGCUACUGCUUCAUCGGCUGCACCGUGACACGCCACUUCAAGAGUCUGCGUAAGGAGGACCAGAGGAAGCGGCGUCUACUGAAAAUCAUCACCACCCUGGUGCUUGUGUUUGCUGCCUGCUGGAUGCCCUUCCACAUGCUGAAGAGCGCUGAUGCCCUCUCCUACCUGAACCUGGCUCCAAACACCUGUGCUUUCCUCCGCUUCCUCCUGCUGGCCCACCCUUACGCUACCUGCCUGGCCUACGUCAACAGCUGCCUCAAUCCCAUCCUGUACGCCUUCUUCGACCUGCGCUUCCGCUCCCAGUGCCUUUGUCUGCUCAACCUGAAGAAGGCCAUGCACGCCAGCCCAAAUAGCUCCCUGUCCUCCCAAAAGACAGAGGCCCAAUCGCUGGCCACUAAGAUGUGAUGUUUGUGCUGUAGUCAGGGCACGGGAGAGGGACGCCAGCCAGAGGGAAUGGGUCCCCAGCUGCCCUGUCCUGCCUCCACCUGAACACUGCAGGUACAUCUAAGACUUCAGAGGUGCAUGACAUAAUUACCUAUCCAGUCAGUUCCUGGGGGUGUCAUCAUCCGCCUGCCCCAUACAUGUGGACUGCAGACUGAGUGAGUGAGGAAACUGAUAGACUCACUAACAUCCUCCAAGCCCACUCUCAGUGAUUGGGAAGUUUGUACAAAUCCCUUGAACUGCUUGAUACAGGGGACCAAGCUCCAUACCAGGGUGAUGCAAACCAGACCCCAGACAUUUUGGACAGAGUUGAAUGUAUUUCAAAAAGGACAAAGCAGCUCAUAUUGUUCUGCUGGUGUCCUGUGUGGACUAAAGGCAAGCUCUUGGAUGGGGGUCCCAAGGCUCUGGCUUUUAACACUGGUGGAAUGUAUUAUUCAUGCCUGUGUACCAUGCUGUUCUUGUUUUUAUUUUGUAAGCACUUGCUAAUUGGAAAGAGGUGAGACCCCAUCGUCCAGACUGUCUUUGUCUUAUCUGCCCCAGUCAGCCAGUCAAAGAAAGGUGUUGCCGUUUGAUUAAAGGGUUGGAAGGGGAGACAAGGGCACGGCGAGUGGGGGUUCCAGACGGACAGAUGGCAGCUGACAAAUGUUGUUGAGGGGGAGAAGGGCUAACUAAUAGGCGACUGCUCUGACAGAUUAAAUUUUAGUGUGCAUUUGUAUGUGUGUUUAUUGAAUUAGAAUUGAAGAAGGCAUGAAUGAACUUGUCUUUAUUUGACAAAGAUGUGAAUACAUGCUGUAUAAUGCUUUUAUGUGUGUGAUUUGUAAUAAAAAAGGUUUCUUUUUAACUAAUAUCUUCAUGUCACUCUGUUGCUGGUUAUGAUGUCAUGGAAACACUAUUCAGUAGAAUGUGCUUUUUCCUGUUAGCACACAAGGUUGAAGGGUGGCAGUCUCCCUCCCAUUGUGUGCAGUCAGACCAUAAUCAAAGCUGUCUAAAGGAAAUACAUGUUUGAGUUCUA